AUGUUUGGUAUCAUGAAGCAGCACUCUGCUAACCUGCUGAAUGGAAUGAAGAAGCAGGCAGAUAAAGACCAGACCAUCGAAGUGAAGGAGUUCUUUGGGCCCUACAGUAUGGACGUGGUCACCAGCACAGCGUUCAGUGUGGACAUUGACUCUCUGAACAACCCUUCAGACCCCUUCGUCUCCAACGUUAAGAAAAUGACCAAGUUUGACAUGUUCAACCCACUGUUGCUCCUAUUCGUUUUGUUUCCCUUCAUAGGUCCUAUCUUGGAGAAGAUGAAGUUUUCUUUCUUCCCGAUUGCGGUGACAGACUUCUUUUACGCCUCGCUGGCUAAGAUCAAAUCUGGACGUGACACUGGGAACUCAACUAGUCGGGUGGAUUUCUUACAACUGAUGAUCGACUCUCAGAAAGGCAACGACACGAAGACAGGAGGGGAACCGACUAAAGGUACCUGCCGAACAAACACCUGUUAACUAUUGUUACAAACA